GCAAUUUUGCUAUGACUAAACAUAACGCUAAAACCGUUAUGUUAUUUUCAUACAUGUUAAGUAUUAAACAUAACGGCAAUUACCCGUUAUGUGCGAGGAAAACUCCCGUUAUGUUUUUUAAAAAUAUAACGGGUAUUUUAUUUACUGUGUACUUUUUGGUAUCUUUUUAAUUUUGUUUGAAGAAGAAGUGCAUCAGCUGGAUAUUUUAAUUGCUGCAGAAACAUUAAAAACAACAUUAAUUUUUCAGAAGAAUAUACAGAUUUUGUAUCAAAACAAAAACAGCUGUUAAAUCUUCUAGCUGAAGUUCUUAAACUUGACGAUCAAACCCAUUCAAUUAAUGAUGUUGUUUUGUUAGCAGCUGUUAACAAUUCUGAUAGUUUUGAAAGUAUUCAAUCUCUAUACUUCACAGAAAUUGAGUUGCUUAAUAGUGAAAAAGCAAAAAAGACGACUCUAUAUAAUACUCUGCUUGGAAAGCAAUCAUUAGGGUUGGACCAGAAUUCACGCACAAAAAUGAUCGAGACUAUGCUGAAAGUACAACGGAAAAAGUUUUGUGGUUAACCACAUGCAUAAUAUGCUAAAAAAAUCUUCAAUACUUCAGCUAUGUAACUGUAUACAGAAGCUUGUUUAUGAAGAAGGAUAUUCAGGAACAAACGUGCACCUGUUAGCAGUUGAUAUUAGCAAUAAAUAUAAACAAAUAUUUAAUAAAUUUGCCCAGUGCUACAAAAUAUUUGCUUCAAGAAGUACACCAGAAGAUUUAGCUCUUUUAAUCCAAUAUGCACAGACUAGUGCUGUAUCUACCUUUUGUGCUACACCUGUUUUUUCUACGUGUGCUACGCCUGUUACAUCUUCAGCUGUCACGUCGAUUCCAUCUGUACCACCUUCAAACGGGUUAGGUGGUGUUUCAUUACCCCCUCUGGCUCCCAAGAUUUGUAGCCCAUUAGUGCACCUAACUUGUGAUACCAAGAUAUAGCAUAGGGUAUCGUGGUUUAUCCUCACAUGUCACACUACCUAGGCCCGCAAAGACAAGUUCAUAUCCCCUAGAAUCGCCACAACCCGUUCUACGGACCAAGAAUAAGAUGAGGGUGAAAAGAACGAAGAUAUUUUAGAGUAAAAAUUGGAAGUAGCCGUGUUAGAAAGAUGGCUUAAAGAAAACUUACAGAUAUUGCACACGAUGUUAGAAGGUGCAAACAUCAUAAGCAAUUUGAUGAAUUAACAUUGCUUAUGAGAUAUGUGUUUUUGUUUUAUAGCAUAUAUGCCUAUAAGCAUA